CUGCGGGAGGCAUAUAUGCCAAACGUAUGAUCGGCAAGCAAAGCACCAAGUAACUGCGUCACAAGCUAAAAAAUGAAUUCCAAAUUUAGAGACGGAGGCAACGUAUCCAGCCCGUGUCCGGCACCGCUUCUCUUUAACCUUCGGCAUUUACAUGAUCAAUCAGCUCAGCUGCUCUCUGUCUCUACGAUCGAGAUCGAGGUAGCAGAGAAGAGGAUAGUGAAGAGUAGAAGCUACUGCAGAUAGGAAUAGGAUGGACCCAGCGUUGCACAAGGCGGCGGUUCAGGGGAGCGCGGCGAGCCUCAAGAAGCUGGUGGCCGGCCGCCCCGACAUCCUUGGUUCCAAGACGCCCCAGAAGAACACCGCGCUGCACAUCGCCGCCGAACUCGGCCACGCCGGCUUCGCUAAGGAGGUCCUGAGCGUGAAGGGCGAGCUGCUCGUCAACAAGAACGCUGACGGCGACACGCCGCUGCACCUGGCGGCCAGGGCGGGCAAGGUACACGUGGCUGAGCUGCUCAUCGAUCGCGCUAAGGUAUGGCCUGCGCAGCAGCCCAGCGCCGCACAGAAGGAGAAGGGAAAGACGGGGGAACCUUCCACGAGCUCCCCUGAGGCCGAGAGCGCGCAGGGGCCUCUGUUAAUGGCGAACAAGGCCGGCGACACGCCACUGCACGAGGCGGUGAAGUACGGCAGAAGCGCCUUGGCGCUCAAGCUGCUGGCUGCCGAGCCCAGCCGAGGCCACGCGCUCAACGUGAAGAAGCAGUCGCCACUGCACAUCGCUGCCCGGGAGGGCCUCGCCGACGUCGUGGAAAAGAUCAUGCGGCAGCCCUGGGUCCACGAGAAGUUCGUCACCUCCGACUCCGUCAGCGGCACCGCCCUGCACCAGGCCGUGCUCGGCGGUCACACACGCGUGGUGGAGAUCUUGCUUGACGCUACGACGCCGGAGGAGCAGAUCGCGCUGACGGACUCGAGCGAGAACAACGCACUGCACUACGCGGCGCAGAAGAACAACGCCCGCGUGGUGAAGCUGCUGCUGAACCGGAAGGUGGACCUGGGCUACAAGCUCAACACCGACCUGAAGUCGCCGCUGCACAUGGCCGCCCAUUACGGUUCGACCGAGGCCAUGGUGGAGCUGCUGAAGCAGUGCCCCGACGUGGUGGAGAUGGUGGACAGCGGCGGCAAGAACGCCUUCCACGUUGCCGUCAUCAGCGGCAAGGUGAACGCGCUCCGGUGCCUGCUCAAGCACGUCCGCCCCGAGGAGAUCGUCAACCGUGUCGACCACGACGGCAACACGCCGCUGCACCUCGCCGCACGCAUGUCCCGUAUCCAGUCGGCGCUGCUCCUGCUCCAGGACCGCCGCGUCAACCCCUGCUUGCUCAACCGGGACAACCAGUCCGCCCGCAGCCUCAUCGAGAAGCGCGCCCACGCCGAGGAGAUGGACACCUACGAGAUGUACUUGUGGAAGAAGCUCAAGAAGCAGGAGGCCUCGAGGUGCAAGAAGGAGCUGCUGCCGCCGGUCCCCUCGUACCAGUCGCUGCGCAGCCGGAGGGCCGGCCACGACGAGUACUACGAGCUCAGCGUCGGCACGUACACGCUGGUGGCCACGCUGAUCGCCACCGUCAGCUUCGCCGCCACUUUCACCAUGCCAGGGGGCUACAGCCAGACCGAGGGCACGGCCAUCCACGGUCACACGGCGGCGUUCAAGAUCUUCGUCAUCUCCAAUACCGUCGCCAUGUGCAGCUCCAUAGUCGUCGUCUUCUGCUUCAUCUGGGCGUGGCGGGACCCCGUCAAGUUCAAGCUCGAUCAGCUCAUGUGGGGCCACAGGCUCACCGUCCUCGCUUGCCUCGCCAUGGUCGUCUCGCUCAUGACCGCCGUCUACAUCACCGUUGCGCCAACGGCAAGGUGGCCUGCAUACGUCGUGAUCGCCAUCGGGGCCAGCACUCCGGUCGUGGUGUUCCUCAUCCUGGGGAAGGAGGCAUUGUACGUGCCACUAUAACUACAUCAAUGAAGCCAAUGCAUGCAGCCUCACCGUCCUCGCCCUCGCUUGCCUCGCCAUCGUCAACCAAAGCAAGAACAACCACUAGUAAAGGUUUUGCUGGCAAUUUCCGUCUAUUUGAAUUUGUGGGAUGGGCAUGUCUAGAUCUUAAUCCACUUAGAUUUACUGUAACUAAUUUUCGGUUGGCUGGGUGAGGUUACCUAAGUCCUAGUUACAACUUACAGCCUAGUUGUAACUCAUUGGUGAGCCCGAAUCAUCAAGCUAAUUCAGAAAUUGAAAAUAUCUUAAUUGCAACC